GUACCACGAUGUUAAAAAACGAACGUGAUUUUUCCACUUGCAAAGCGACAGUAAUUCGUAGCACAUGGACCUUUUUUUACUUUUUCGUUGUCGGUUUUGAAUUGAAUUACAUAUUUGUGAUAAAAAAAAAUCGAUUGUACACGUUUUUUAAAGAAAUAAAUUCUAUUGUAAUAAAUCAAAAUAUUCAAGCAAAAUGACCACAGAAACGGAAGCAAAGAAUAUUAUUAAAAGUAUUUUGAAUAUACGAUGUCGAGAUGGUGCAACGAUUGCCGACAUUGAACGUGACUACCAUGAAUUGACUGGCGAGCCUCUGAUGGACGCAUACAAUUUUUUGAACAGCAUUGACUGUGUUUUUUGUAUCGAAAGUUCGAAUAGUGAGCCAAAAUGGUAUGUGAACAGCGACAGUAUGGAACACAUUAAAAAAUUCAUACUGGAACAACGUCAACCUCAAUCGACAAAACCGAAUCGACCACCGCAAAAAGCAUUGAAUCAUUCUAUCAAAGGGAAUGACUGCUUUUUCAAAGAUAAUAUCGUGUAUAAACACAUGCGCAAAUACAAACAGCACCAAAAUUCACGUCACGAAGACAUCAAUAAUACCAGCUUUAGCAGCUUUAGCAGCGUUAGCAGCCAUCAAUAUGGAUCGAUGCAAACACCUCCGAAGCCAUCAAAACCUAAAUUGCAUGCACAGUUUGUCGGUGAUGAUUUCUUUCGUCUGCUAACACAUGAGGCAACUGAUCAAGACCUUAAUCGAAAGUUUGGUGUUCAACAGGCUGGUUUAUGCGUAUCGGGAUUGAGCAUUCCCGCGGCAGCCAAGCUCAUUGAACUCACACCCUCCUUUAAGUCAAAUAGAUUGCUCUUAAACGUUGGUUCGGUGGAUAUUUUGCAUGGUCACGACUUGGUGGAAAUGUGUGCUGAUUUCGAGCGUUUAAUCAGAGUGUGUGAGCAAAGUGGAUUGACGCCAAUCAUCACGACACUGGCACCUUUGGCGAAUACCGGCCAUUCACCUGAAAUGUUCGAAAAAUUGCGCCAUUUCAAUAUGUUUAUCGUGGAAAAAUAUUUCUUGAAAUACGAGAUAAUCGAUAUAUGGUCGAAAAUGACAAAUCCCCGCGGCGCCACCGACUUUGCUCUCUUCAAGACAGAGCCAAAUUAUGUGAGUGGGAGCAGCCGCCCACACGUGCUGUGGAGUCAAACAGGUCGCACGUUUAUUCGAAACCACAUCAAAUGGUCCAUAGGCAACAUGUUGAAGAUAAAAAUGGAUCGCGUACACAUUGAUGCGUGAGACGAUGGCAUAAUCUCUCAGUGAAAAAAGUUGCCAACGCAAAAUCUUCAACGGUGUUCCUAUUAGUAAAAGCAUGGACUUAUUCAAAUGACAACCCUUGAGAAAUUGACGAAUCCCCAUUUUUUUUUAAAUAUUUGAUUGUAAAACUAUACGUGAUUCGAUUGUUAACCGAAAAUUCCCCUUCCCCAAAGACUUGCAUCGCUUUGUUUGUUGUGUUGUACCCAAAAUGCUGUACUGUUUUAGAUUGUAAGUUUUUUUUUAUUGUUUGAGCUAAACCAUUUAUCGCUUGGUUGCUUGUGUGAAAAAUAAAAGUUGAGCUAAACCACAAAAUGUGAAAUAAAACACA